UUAAGGCUUGCAUGAAUGUAAGGAGGAUUUUUACUCUUCAUUGUUUCUGACGCUGUUCAGUAAUGUUGUGUGUUUCUAAGCAAUCGCUGUGUCAAUGCUGUAAUCCUGUAAUUACUGUUGUGCAUUCGUGGGAAAGAGGAGGGAAGAUCUAGACAUUAUAACCUUCCAGAUGACACCAAAUGUCCCAAGUGCUCUGCAAUCCAAAGAGGACUCCUCCACCUUCAAGACUGUGGGCUUUAGCCGUUUUAUUCAUACAAUAUCAUCAUGGUCGACAGCCAUAACUGUGCAUCUAGCAGUAAGGUGGCAAUUCUACAUAUUGACCGCCUACCCAGACAGGACAAUUUUUUAUGUGGACCCAGAAGAAAUGGUACAGCCCAAACGCAACUGGAGAUUCAAAAAAGGUCACUCCAUCAACGCCGAGCAUUUGCUUUCAAUCAACAAACACUAUCAAGAUCAAGUCCCAACCUGCAGCAGGAACUAAAAGUCUUAGUAACGUCACUUAUGAAGCAGAGCUCUGCAGAACAUAGUAUGCCGGAAGAUGAAAAGCAUGCCGGUGCGGGGACCGUAUCAACAACAGAAAUAUCGACAGUCGAUCAGCGUGAGGACUUCCCAGCAGCCUUUCAAUCACAGCAUGGACACAUGUUAAAGGCUAGGUUGAAGCCCCUACGGCCAGUUCAUAUCCAGGGACCUUCGGUGGCUGGGUGCCAAGGCAUGUUACCAGAAAGGAUCCAGACAAACCCAGCUCUGGACAGUCUAACCAGGCUUCAACAUCGGUGGUUUUCUGGCCGAACUCCGAUUUUAGAAACCUCACGAUUUAAAUCCCUUGCGUCCAGGACUGGGCACAAAGUUCAGAAAAGUAAAGGACUAUCUUAAAAAGAAGAGAAAUCAGACUGCUCAUCUCAAAUUACACAGAAACAGUGUAUAAAAGCAACUCAUACCUGGAAAUGCAAGUUUAACAUCUUCAUACUUUAUGUCCAUUUUAUGUGUGCACUAUAACCUUUAACAAAAGGUAUGUGUGAUUAGAUUCUAUACCUUGCACUGUAUGGAAGGACCUCGGGCAUUACUGACCCUUGCUCACUCAUUUAUACACACACACACUUAACAUACACAUGCUCCAGGGGCACCAGGGACUAGCUAAUUAAAGAUAAGCCAAAGGAAGGCUAGUAGAGCAUUCCAUGAUCCGUUGCACAUUAUAUGACGAAUGCAUGAUGUCAUAUGGAUGAGGGAUCUACGGUCUGUGCAGCUUCUGCGGACGUGUCAAUAUACGGCGAUUCUUCUGCUGGGCUGUGUCAUGCAGUGUGGAGGGAUUUGAUGUUAUCAUGGCUGGCUUUAUUAUACAUUUUAGUCUCUUAAAUUUGCCUUACCCAAACCUAUUGCCUUGCUUAGCAGGAUCCAAAUCACAUAAUUCUGUACAUGCUAUUUAAAAGCUAUAAAGUGUAAUAUAAAGGUGUUA